ACAACCAUCCCGCCAUUACAAAUCCAAAUCCAAAAUUGAAAUUCAAAUACCACCUCAAAAUCCCUCUUAAAAGUCUUUAAUCUCUCUUACAAAGUACACACACAAAACAGUUUUUUUUUUCCUUACUCCAAAAGACUUUCAGAAAUGGCGAAAUCAAGCAAGGACAACAAAAACAAAGCCACCAAUUCCCAGUCCAACUCGACCCUCCAUCCUCCAUACUUCGAGAUGAUAAGUGAGGCAAUAUUAACACUAAAGGACCGGACAGGGUCAAGCCAACCAGCGAUAGCGAAGUUCAUAGAUGACAAGUACAAGAAAGAGUUGCCACAAAACUUCAAGACAGUCUUAUCUGUGCAGUUGAAGAAGUUUGUCAAGUCUGAGAGGCUUGUGAAAAUCAAGAACUCUUACAAGUUGGCUGUGAAAGAGACCCAGAAAAAGAAGGGCAAAAAUGACGCUAAGAAGGCUGUGACGCCCAAGGAAAACGAGGCGAAGAAGAUUUCGGAGAAGGGUUUGAAAACCAAGAGGCUCAAUCAGGUUAAGACCCCAGAGAAGAAGAAAAAGAAGGCGGUGGCGGGUGCGAAGAAGAUGAAGAGGUUAAGUCAGGUUAAGACUCCAGAGGGAUUGAAGAAGAAGAAGAACUUGACACCAAUGAAGAGGAAGAGUGCUUCAAAGAACUAGCUAGUGUUGUUCUUGAAUAGUAGUAGCAGUAUUUAUUAAGAUUUAAGAUAGAAAAUGUUGUAUUGUUUAACUUUGUUGCUACCUAGGUACUAUAUGGUAUAUACUCCUAUGUGGUACUCCUUUAGUUUUCAUGUGGUCCACUGGAUAUGGACCAUAUGGUUGUGGAAUGUGGUUUGUGUUUGUAGUUGACGUUGAAUGAGAAAUGAAAUUUAUGUUUGGUUAAA